AACCUACCAAAUGUUUAUUAGUUUUUUAACCCUUUAAAUGCCAGUUUGAAGACAUGUUGCCUCUUGAAUCUCAGAAUAUGAGAUAUUUCCCACAUAAUACAUGAUGGAGGGAUGUGACAUUGUUUUAUAUCAGAGUCUUUUAUAUCAAGACAUUUCUCAAAACCAGAGUAUGAUCAGGGUGACUUUUGAACACUGGAAAUAAAUCAUGUACUCAUCCCGGCAGUAGCCCCCGUGGCACUCAAAAUUUCCCUGGAAUUUUCUAGUUAUUAUUAUUAUGUGACAGCAAGCAGUUUUAUAGAACGAAAAGUGAAAUUGUUAGGGAUAGGACUCCGGCUCAGGUCGGGUGUUACACGGGUCAAUAAUCCGGAAGUGCAGUUUUGUGUAGUCAAUUGAAAAAUGCCGUCAUCAGAGGAGGCAGCCUGUGGUGGACACAGCUGGAGUAUGAGAAACUGAACCAGGGCAGAGGACGGGACUUCUCACUGCAAAGCGUCACCGUGGAUACACAUGCCGGUGGCGGUGUAACAUUUGUAGCGGAGCACACACCGCAGCCUGCUAAUGCUAGCAGGCUACUGAUGUCGGAUAAAAUAGCCGAACUGGGAGAAUAACGUGAACCAAAGGUGGAGGUGCAGGCAUUGGUGGAGACGCUGUAUACCCAAACAGAGAUGUGCAGUGAAUGUGACACCGAGGGAAAUGUAAGGGUGGCACCACUAGCUAACGUUAGCUAGCUAGCCAGCUACCCGGUCAGCGCUGCAGCCUGGUGCGAGUCUCGUGUCCUUUCGAGAUGCAAGCCGCACCGACUCGUUCAGACUGGCAUGUGAGAGGAUGAUGGCUGAAGGAUAACACACAAGCAGUCACAUUCCCUCAACCCAAAGUGACCCCACCCCCCCACCCCUUUUUUUUUUUAAACUUCCAUCUGCACUUUUGCAACCUCCCUUUGCUGAACUUCUUUGAGUCCUGUCUCAGCUCAUUGCCCCGUCUACUUGGGAUUUCAUGGAAUCCACAUAUUCAUUUUAAAAUUGACAGUCGUACUCCUGACACCUCCUCGCCAAAAAACAGGAUGAUCUCAAAUCUGAAGUAAUUACAAUGUGACUGGAUAUCAACUUCCUGCCCAUCUGAGAUUGCCACCUCAGUCUGUAGGAUUCUCAUUCUGGUUCCAUCACUUGUCCCGUACUUGCAGCCUUUUUCACAACCCCAUCCCUUUUUCUAGUGUCAUUGGGCCAUGGUUCGCAAGAAAGGUUCUCUUAUACUAUGCGGUGCUUUCCUGUUUGUUGCCUGGAAUGCUUUGCUUCUACUUUAUCUUUGGGGUCGCCCUCCCAUCGGCCGCCUCGGAGAAGGUGGUGGAGCCGAACCAGGAGGAAAGGAGGAGUGGGGCGUGGGCAAAGGGAAAGGAGGCCAGGUCAACCUGGCCGGAGAGGUGAUCCGGCUGGCGGAGGAGGUCGAAGUUCAACUUGAGACUCAGAAGAAACUACUGAAGCAGAUUGAAAGUCACAGGGCAGUGUGGGUUCGGCAGAAAGAUGUUGGGAAAAGAGAAACAGAUGAUACAAAAAAAGUCAAAGAAGAGGUUGUCCACCAGACAUCGAAGCCUCCACUUCCUGCCAAAGACGGUGUGGAUGACAGGGCCCAAACUGAAGUACAACGUACAACACAGAAGCCAGUUCAUACAGUAGCUCCACACUCUAAGUUAGAACAGGACCAGGCCAUUGAAAUAAAGGAAGAGAUUGUUGAUAAGAAUAAAUUGGUGACUUCUGUUGCCAGCCCAGAUGUCAUCAUUCCCAUUCUUGUUAUUGCUUGUGACAGAGUGACAGUAAAACGAAGCCUCGACAGACUGAUACAGUACCGCCCUUCACCACAACUAUAUCCAAUCAUCGUCAGCCAGGACUGUGGCCAUGCCGAGACCGCUCGUGUGAUUGCCUCAUAUGGAGAUCAAGUGUCGCACAUAAGCCAGCCAGACCUGUCGGACAUCAGAGUCCGGCCGGAGCACAGGAAGUUCCAGGGCUACUACAAAAUUGCCAGACAUUACCGCUGGGCUCUCAACCAAGUGUUCAACACUUUCUCCCACACUACCGUAGUCAUAGUGGAGGAUGACCUGGAGGUGGCUCCAGACUUCUUUGAGUAUUUCCGAGCUCUGUACCCGAUCUUGCGCUCUGACCCCACCCUGUGGUGCGUUUCUGCCUGGAAUGACAACGGCAGAGACGCCUUGGUGGAUUCGUCCAAGGCCGAGCUCCUCUACAGAACAGACUUCUUCCCCGGACUUGGCUGGAUGCUGCUGAAGGAGAUGUGGGACGAACUGGAACCCAAAUGGCCCUUGGCCUUCUGGGAUGACUGGAUGCGUCAACCAGAGCAGCGCAGGGACCGCUCCUGCAUCCGACCCGAAAUCUCACGGACUAUCACUUUUGGCCGAAAAGGCGUGAGUUUAGGUCAAUUCUUUGACCAGUACCUUCGUUAUAUUAAGCUAAACACUCAAUUUGUGCCUUUUACUAAACAGAAUUUGUCUUAUUUGCUAAAAGAGAAGUAUGAUGAAAAGUUUAUCAAAGAGGUUUACAGCGCACCACUGGUGAAAAUUGAGGAACUGCAACAAGGGGGCAGCUUAAGAGGCCCUGGACCAUACAGGGUGCAGUACUCCAGCCGGGACAGUUUUAAAGUCUUUGCUCGAAAUCUGGGGGUGAUGGACGACUUGAAAUCUGGAGUUCCUCGUACAGGUUACAGGGGCGUAGUCAGUUUCCUGUAUCGAGGCCGAAGGGUGUUCUUGGCCCCACCAGAGGGAUGGAUGCAGUAUGACAUCAGCUGGAGCUGAGAGACUGAUCCAGAAAGUACAAUGUGAAUGGGGUUGAAGAGGGGAGAGAGCCUUACUCAGAGGAACACCCUCUCAAACCAAAGAAUAUCAGCAGACGCAGUGGUUCGUGAAGGAAUUAAAGCAGCACAGGUGGGGCUGCACAUCAGUGGAGCUGCGAGAUCAAGUGUUGACCCAGACCUGUUUGUGGUGAAGCUUCUAAAAUAGGGUGCUCAUUCAGGAUCAGCAAGUUCAGGGCCGUACAGACUUCACAUAGAGUUCAACCCUGUAAGAAAGGAAAAUUCCACCCUUAAACACUGUUUGAAAACAGCUAUUGGCGACGUGCCUUGCUUUCUGGACCCAUUUUUGUUUGUAUUUUUUUAUUCCUGUUGUUUGCAGCAGCUGUAAAUGGAGGUUGGUAGCAGGAAGAGUAUGUUUCAGUGUCAGUGAUAACACACUGGAGAUCACACACAAACAAGAGUGACUAUAUCAGAGAUAAAAUCUAAAGAGUAAAAUCUUGGGUCAUCUUUUCUUUUUUUUUACUUUUAGCAGUUUUUGAAAAUGGUUUUGAAACCAACCCAACUCCUCAGAUCGUGUUACUGCUCAAGUCUAUAAAACUAAUCAGAAGCAGAGUUGUGUGCAAAGGAAAAUGAAAAGCUUCUACUGCAGUGUCUUUUAGUUGGUAAACAAAGGCCACAUCCAGCACUGAGCAUAGUCGUCAUAUAAAGUCAUGGCCCUGAUGGUUAUCAUUAAAGAUGAAAGGCUUCUUCAUCAAUGAUACAGAGAAGCAGAGACACUAACUUCCCAAACACUAUCACAUUUCAGUCACUGAGCCGCUCAUCAAACCUGUCACGGGAAGAAUGUUGACAUAUUCACCAGAGUAAGAAGCCUGUAAGGUGUGGACGGAUGAUGGCAGGUGGAUCAGUCUCUUCUACUGAAGUCACUACAAACUGAGUGGAGUGCUGAAAACUGCAGAAAGGAGACAACAGUUUUAUUCUGUACAUUGCUGUAAUAUAUCUUCUGUCUGCCAGUGGCAGCACUGAGUGCAAGGAAGACAUCCUGCACUAUGGUUUGUAUUGACUGUAAAUAGAAGAGACCUUACAGGUUGCUUAAAUUAUUACCAUGAUUAUCACCCCACCGCAAGUUUCACAAGCUGAUCAGUGACUGAGAUGUCUGAGUUCCAGGAGAUAAGUGCAGGACUGAUACUGUCCUGAAUCAGGGCUAGACCUACAGUAGCUUCACUAGACCGGAUCUGUAGGGAGAAACGUAUCUCCACAGGAGACUAAGCUUUUUAAGCUUUUAAAUAGUAUGUAGAAGCAGAUGAAAGUGAAGAUGCCAGAAAGCAAGAACAUCCAAACUGAAUGCACUUCAUAACAAAAUAGUCCUGGCAAUGUUUUGUACAGGACAAGUAGCAGAUGUGUGACAAUGUGGGAGGUGAAAGGGUGGAGUUUUUCUUGAAUUAUCAGAACUGCUGUUGUUAGAUCAGGUUAUGAACAUGGCCUUGAAGCAGUGUGAUGACAGCGCACAGCACUAACUCAUAGCAGAGAGAUGAUCUCAUGGUAUUAAGGCCUCGGUAUGCUUCAAAUAAAGUAGGUCAGACUUAUUUAAGUGUUACUACACGUUCCCAAGGAGCACAUUUGAAGACGGGCAAAAAAAAACUGCAGCAUCUUUGUAGUCUUGACACAAUUAAUUGUAUAAAUGGGGAUAACAACGCACACUUUCAGACAGUCGCUCCUCAAAGUCAUUCAUGCUGCUGGACUCUCUUCGAGAGAAGAGGAAGUUGUGUGCGAAGAAUGGAAGAAAAGAAGCUCGAACUCAUCCACUCUCACACACCCACACACCUGCCCAAUCACUGUGUCCAGGAAAGUCGCAGAAAGGCAGCUCCUUCAAUUCAGCUGCGACGGGUUUUUAGACGACCUGACGCACACUCUGUUUGAAGCAUACUGAGGCCUUUACGGUGGAAGAGAAUCGCUUUGCUGAAGGAAAUACCACAUGAAUUCUCCAGCUCCCUUUUGCCUUCAGAGGGUCGUGGAAUUGUGCAUUUCCAGCACACCUCUCUGUUUGGGUGAAUGGACUUGGUGUCUACAUGUGUUGAAAUGAUUGAUAUGAAGGAUGAAAGAAAUGAUAAUGGUAAGGCUGUUUUGAAAUUAUUUAACUAUCUAGAACUUGAAGUUCUAACAGGUUUGCCAAGCUGCAAAUGAGAUUCAGACGUCACUGAUUCUGACAUUUUACUGAUGAAGCCCUGAAGCCCUGAUGAUCCGGGGCAAGUUGUAAUUACAUGACAUCCAAACCAUGGUUUGGCCAGCUUAGGUUUGUUGAAAAACCAAUGAUUGUUUAAUGGUUUUUAUUUGUUUCUGCAACAAGAAGGCUGAGAAAUGGCUAAAGAAAUGAUUAUCACUGUACUGUAAUUAGCUUUGGGAGGUGAUCCACAAGAUUGAUUGAUUCCCAUGUCUGUAUGGUGACGUGUACAACCACUGCCUGAUGUGUUUAUAACUUUAACACAGUAUAAAUAAAAUCAACUAUUUUGA